AUGGCGCAAGACAGCGAGCUGCCCAAGGCCAGCGACAAGGGCAAGGAGAAGGCUGUCGAUGGGAAGGCUGAGGACGCCCCCAAAGGAAAAGAUGGCAAGCCUGUUGCGAAUGGAAAGGAUGAGAAGGCAGAUUCAUCGGAGGAGCUCAGUGAAGAAGACCAGCAGCUCAAGAGCGAGCUCGAUAUGCUUGUAGAGCGCCUGACGGAAUCCGAUGCUACCCUGUACAAGCCAGCCAUAGACGCGAUGAAGAACUUCAUCAAGACGUCGACCUCAUCGAUGACUGCUGUCCCAAAGCCUCUCAAAUUCCUACGACCGCACUACGAAACCAUGACAAAGCUGUACGAAGAAUGGCCGGCUGGAGAUGACAAGAAUUCAUUAGCCGACGUGCUUUCUGUCAUUGGCAUGACUUUCUCGGAUGAGGACCGACAGGACACCCUGAAAUAUCGACUUCUCGCCCCUUCUCAGGACAUCGCGUCUUGGGGCCACGAAUACGUGCGCCAUCUUGCUCUGGAGAUCGGCGAGGUGUACGCCAAGAGGAUAACGGCAGAGGAGUCAACGCAAGAUCUCGUUGAUCUUGCAACGGUCCUCGUUCCCCUCUUCCUCAAGAGCAAUGCCGAAGCCGACGCUGUGGACUUGAUGAGCGAGAUGGAGAUCAUCGAGGACCUGCCAAAGUUUGUGGACGAGAAUACCUACGCGAGAGUCUGUUUGUACAUGGUCUCCAUGGUCAACCUCCUCACCUACCCCGACAACGACCAGUUCUUGCGCGUCGCUCACGAGAUUUACAACGAAUACAAGCAGUACACCCAGGCCAUGGUUCUGGCCAUCCGACUGAACGACAUGGAUCUCAUCAAGGCCGACUUCGACCAGGCGCGUGAUCCUGCCCUCAAAAAGCAGCUGGCCUUCUUGAUUGCUAGGCAAAAGAUCUGGCUGGACAACAUGGAGGAGCUUGAGGACGAUCAGAUCACCGAGAGCCUGUGCAACAUCCGGCUCUCGGAGCAUUUCAAGUCGCUGGGCAAAGAGCUCAACAUCCUCGACCCGAAGACCACCGAAGACAUCUACAAGAGCCAUCUGGAGAGCAGUCGCGUCGCUGGCAUGACCAACCUUGACUCUGCUCGUCACAAUCUUGCCGCCGCUUUCGUCAACGCUUUUGUCAACGCUGGCUUUGGCAACGACAAGAUGAUGCUUGUGGAGAAGGACAAGGAGAGUUGGGUUUGGAAAACCAAGGACGAGGGCAUGAUGUCGACGGUGGCAUCCCUGGGAACCCUGCUCAUGUGGGACAUCGAGAAUGGCCUCGACAAGAUUGACAAGUACACGUAUGCCGAGGAGGAACAGAUUCAGGCUGGUGCCAUGCUGGCCAUCGGUAUCAUGAACUCUGGCGUCCGUCUCGACUCCGAGCCGGCGCUUGCCCUUCUGGGCGAUGAUGAAAAGCUGGGUCACAAGAACCCUCUUAUCCGCACCGCUUCCAUCAUGGGCUUGGGUCUUUCUUAUGCCGGGUCCAACAAGGAGGACCUGCUGGAGAAGCUUUUGCCCAUCAUCACCGAUGCUUCACAGGACAUGCAGAUCUCAGCCAUGGCCGCGCUCGCCUGCGGCCUCAUCUUUGUUGGCUCAUCACAUGCCGAGGUCAGCGAAGCGAUUGUCACCACCCUGCUCGACGAUGACCGGAAGAACCAAUUGACCGAUAAGUGGACACGCUUCUUGGCUCUUGGUCUCGGUCUCCUUUUCUUCGGCCGCCAAGAGGAGGUCGAUGUCAUCCUCGAAACUCUCAAGGCUGUCGACCAUCCCACCGCCAAGCCCACUGCCGUGCUUGCAGAGAUCUGCGCGUGGGCCGGCACCGGCGCUGUUCUCAAGAUCCAGGAGCUGCUACACAUUUGCAACGAGCAUCUUGAGGAAUCAGAGGAGAAGAAGGGCGAUGAGCUGCUGCAGGCCUAUGCCGUCCUCGGCAUCGGGCUGAUUGCCAUGGGCGAGGAUGUGGGCCAAGAGAUGGUUUUGCGGCAAUUUGGCCACCUGAUGCACUAUGGCGAGGCCAACAUUCGCAGGGCUGUCCCUCUGGCAAUGGGCCUUGUCAGCCCCAGCAACCCGCAGAUGAAGGUCUAUGACACGCUGUCGAGAUACUCCCACGACAACGACAACGACGUCGCGAUCAAUGCCAUCUUCGCCAUGGGCUUGCUCGGCGCGGGCACCAACAACGCCCGCCUCGCUCAGCUCCUCAGGCAGCUAGCGUCGUACUACCACCGUGACCAAGAGUCGCUGUUCAUGGUCCGCAUCGCCCAGGGCCUCGUGCACAUGGGCAAGGGCACACUGUCCAUCAGCCCCUUCCACACUGACCGACAGGUGCUCUCUCGCGUCUCGGCUGCGGGUCUCCUGGCGGUUGUGGUGGCCAUGAUUGAUGCCAAGCAGUUCAUCACCUCGAGCUCGCACUACCUACUCUACUUCCUCGUCACAGCUAUGCACCCACGCUUCCUCGUUACCCUUGACGAGAACCUCAAACCCCUGACAGUCAAUGUGCGCGUCGGCCAGGCUGUCGAUGUUGUCGGCCAGGCGGGUCGCCCCAAGACCAUCACCGGGUGGCAGACACAGAGCACCCCGGUUCUGCUGGCAUUCGGCGAGAGGGCGGAGCUCGAGGAUGAGGAGUACAUCAGCAUGAACAGUACUCUCGAGGGUCUCGUGAUCCUGAAGAAGGCAAGUCUCACACGCACACCGCGUCUUGUUUAUGUCUGA